GGCAGAGCCUCCCCGACGGUGGACGCGGAAUUUUUCAAGCAGCUGCUGGAACUUCGCAAGCUGUUCUUCCCAAAGCUGGUGAGCGCCGAGCUGGGCUUGCUCUGCCUCCACUCGGUCGCUCUGGUUUCCAGGACCUUCCUCUCCAUCUAUGUGGCCGCCCUCGAUGGGAAGAUUGUGAAAAGCAUCGUGGAAAAGCAGCCUAGGAGCUUCGUCUUCAAAUUAAUCAAAUGGCUGAUGAUUGCAAUCCCGGCCACUUUUGUCAAUAGCACCAUACGGUACCUGGAGUGCAAACUGGCCCUCGCCUUCCGCACGCGUCUGGUGGAUCAUGCCUAUGAGACCUACUUUGCUAACCAGACUUACUACAGAGUGAUCAGCAUGGAUGGGCGGCUGGCCAACCCUGACCAGUCCCUCACCGAGGAUAUCAUGAUGUUCUCACAGUCUGUGGCACACCUUUACUCCAACCUCACCAAGCCCAUCCUGGAUGUCAUGCUCACCUCCUACACGCUCAUCCGCACAGCGCGGUCCCGGGGGGCUAACCCCAUUGGGCCCACGCUCCUGGCUGGGCUUGUCGUCUACGCUACGGCUCGCGUGCUCAAGGCCUGCUCACCCAAGUUUGGCAAGCUGGUGGCUGAGGAGGCGCACAAAAAGGGCUAUCUGCGCUUUAUGCAUUCACGCAUCAUUGCCAAUGUGGAAGAGAUUGCCUUUUACCGAGGGCACAAGGUAGAAUUGAAACAACUGCAAAAGAGCUACAAGGCUUUGGCAGAUCAAAUGAAUCUCAUUUUGUCCAAGCGUUUAUGGUACAUCAUGAUAGAGCAGUUUCUGAUGAAGUACGUCUGGAGUAGCUGUGGUAUGGUUAUGGUUGCUGUGCCCAUCAUCACCGGGACAGGAUUUGCAGAUGGCGAAUUGGAAGAUGGCCAGAAACAGGCAAUGGUUAGUGAAAGAACAGAAGCUUUUACUACAUCACGAAACUUGCUGAUCUCUGGAGCAGAUGCUAUUGAAAGGAUUAUGUCUUCGUACAAAGAG